AUGCCAUCCACGACCGUCAGUACUGCCUAUAUUAACCCCGCACACAUGGCCCAAGACCAGCAAGCUGAGCCCACGCCAUCAAGGCGCAGGACUUCUACUACUGGGAAACGAAGGCGCGCACCCACUCCAGACGAAAGCGCGGACUCCUCCUCACAAACUCCUCGAAAGAACAGAGACGGCCCAAAGAAAAAGAAAGCCAAUCGCGCUUGUGCACAUUGUCAAAAAGCGCAUCUCACUUGCGACGACUCACGACCUUGUCAGCGCUGCAUUAAGCGCGGAAUGGCUCACUGCUGCAUUGAAGGUUAUCGCAAGAAAGCCAAGUAUCUCCUUGACGAUGACGAACUUGAACAGCUCAAGAAAAAGCAGCCAACCCCUAAGGAGAAACAAGAGCCCGUCGUUGCCCCACCCCUAGCGGAACCGUUCCCAACAACCGAUCCUCUCUUCAACCUGAGUUUCGACCCUCAAUUUCCAUUUGGCUCAGAAGCCGCGAACUUGGAAUAUUCCAUUCUAUCUGCGAUACUAGGCAAUCCCAGCCCACCGUCUGAUUCCACCAGCCCACCGUCGCCCUCUCAACCCCCGAUGCCUUCAGGUCUCCAGAGUUCAACUUGGUCGCCUGAACCACUGCACGCACAGCCUCAGUUCUGCCAAAACACUACAGUAAAUCCAUAUGGACCAGGAUUUGCAGAUCAAGUACAACUUUCUAUGCCCUCAUCGGACGUGAUGCUUGCUGCCCCUCCGUCUUCAACAUUUGUGUCUUGCUCUCCCACCCAGGAAUCUCCAGAACUGCAUUACUCCCCCUCGUAUAACCACAUACAAGCAUCACAAGCUGUAGGGUCAGCGCGACCCGUUCCUUCGCGGUAUACUCGUGACAUGCUUGCCUCCGCACCUGCGGUUAUGGUGCGGGCACCUUCAAAAGAGACUGGUUCUCAAUCUCUCGUGUCAUCGCGACACACAUCGCCGUCUCCUGAAACUUCCACGCAUUCUUGCGGUGCUGAUAACCAUUCUCCUCUGAACGUAACAGCUCCGUACGACUAUACGGAAGGCUAUCACUUCUUGAUGAAGCAUCUUCCGACACGUUUUGAGAAAAAUGACAUCUUGCGUAUUGUGCGGGCGCUUGCCAUUUUUCGCCCUUCACUCAUUGCACUACAAAUGCCGCUGACGGAAGAAGAUGAAGUAUUCGUAGAGAGGUGUUUCCAGAGGUCUUUGCUGGAACUGGAGAAACUUAUCUCAUACAGCGGGACCCCAACCGUAGUCUGGCGACGAACUGGGGAGAUUUGCCUAGUAGCGCCCGAGUUCUGCAUGUUGACCGAAUGGCCUAUUAAUGAAUUGGUCGGGAGGCGGAAAUACGUUUACGAGCUCUUCGAGAACCAAUCAGUUGUUGAGUAUUGGGAAAACUUUGCAACCCAUGCGUUCGAGAACACGACGAAAUCCGUCUACUCGCAUUGUGUCCUGCUAAAACCGUCGGGUGCACCAAUUCCGGCUACGUUUUGCUUCUCGAUACGGCGUGAUAUUUUUGAUCUGCCCAGCAUUGUCAUAGGUCAGUGGCUGCCACUGCUAUAG